CAAAUCAUUUACUUUUAUAAUCCCCUCCCUUUUUAUUUCUUUGAUCAUAAAUAGCCUGUGUAAACUGUGUGUUUUAUUCUCUCCACAGACGAUUGUCCACCAUGUCCCACACGGUGCCUCCGGUCCUCUCUGUUGUCCCCUCUCGGGCUCUGGUGGAUGAGAAGUUCAGGGUGCUGGUGGAGAAUCUGCCUCCAGGAGCUCCAGUAACACUUCACUCCCUGCACCAGUCUGAGGACAAGGACUACUGGGAGGCCUACGGACACUACAUCAGUGAUGAGAGAGGAGCCGUGUCCGUUGCAGAUGAUUUCAGUUUCGGAGGAACGUACAAAGAGAAAGAAGCCAUGGGUUUGCUGUGGAGUAUGCGUCCAGUCCCAGGCAGCCGUGACGGCCUCAGGUUGAGAAAGUCGGACGUCUGCACGCCCCUGCUGGUCAACAUCUCCGUCUACAGUGGACAUGUAACGGAGGGCUUCAGGGAGCAGACUCCUCUGGCUUUGGCGAUCACAGAGAGAUGGUACAUGGCUCCAGGGGUCCAGAGGAUUGUUAUCAAAGAGGAAGGAGUAAAAGGGACCCUGUUUUUACCUCCAGGUCCAGGACCCUUCCCCGGCGUAUUGGAUAUGUGGGGAGGGGGCGGAGGGCUGGUGGAGUAUCGUGCAGCUUUGCUGGCGUCUCACGGUUAUGUUUCUUUGGCGCUGCAGUAUCUCGACCCAAAUAAGCAGAAGCCAGACUUAGAGUACGAGUGUUUUGAGAAAGCGUUUAAUCUUGUCAAGGAACAUCCUCAAGUGAUCCCGUACAGAGUUGGAUGUUUGGGUCUUUCCCUCGGCGCAAUUUUAACCAUCUCGUUGGCAGCUGAGAGCAACGUUGUCAAGCCUCGUUGUUGUGUUUGUAUCGGUGGCGGCCACCUUUUCAGACGUUCACAUACCAUCGGAGAUUGGCAGAAACGGAUGCCUCAAGAGUGGCCUGUGGAUGAAAACAACUAUAUGAUAUGGCGAAAUAUGGCUCUACCAAUUCCAGAGGAUCCCUCACUGAAAGUGGAAGUGGGGAAUAUAAACUGUCCAAUGAUGUUGGUGAACGGCCUUGAUGAUCAGGGCUGGGCAGCAGUGGAGUGUGCGGACGAUAUUGCCAAGAUGAUGCGUGCAGCAGGGAAGGAGCACCUGCUGACCAGACUUGAUUACCCGGAUGCUGGACACCUGAUUGAGCCGCCCUACUCACCUCACUUCAGAGUUUCCUUUUUUAAAGUGAACGAAGAUAUGAUGGGGAUUUUGCUGUGGGGAGGACAAACCAAACCACAUUCGGAUGCUCAGGAAGACGCCUGGAACAAGAUCUUGACUUUUCUGCAGCAGCAUCUGUACUCCAAGAGAACCCCCAAAGCCAGGAUGUAGCAAUGGUAGCAACCUGUCAAUCAUAUGGUAGUAACUAAAGCUGCUAUAUCGUCUUUUUCUCUAAAUGAGAGCAUAUUUUAAAAAUGAUAAUUUUGUUUUGAAGAAGACUUGAAACUAAUGAUACCAUAAACUCAUUAGGAGAAUAUUUACUGAGGUAAUAUAUCACGUGAGAACUAGGGUCAUUUUUCUAUUGACUUUCAUACAAUCACACUCCCUUUUGCAGACAGUCAUGUUGGCCAUUAAAAAGAUUAAGUUUAACAACAUUUUCACAUUGUUCAUAACACGAGUCAGUCACUUUCAGUGUGUUUGGGCCAUUAAACUAUCAUGUUCAUUGAUUCCUUAAUAGUGUUUCAUUAUUUUGUAACAACAAAGCCAUUAAUUAUUCAGACCAAGCUUUGAUCUUUGACAGUAAUAUUUAUGCAAGUUGUGAAUGUCUGGAGAGCAUGUCGGGAAAUUCAUUUUAUUGUACAUAGUAGGUAUUUUAUAUAAUAACAUUAAAAUGAUAAUGCUAUAUUUGAUGUUUCUACUACUUAAUUUUGUUAAAUCAUGGUUUGUACAUUGAUUAAAUUAAACUCAACUUUCCAAAUGUUUUCAGUAAUUUGCAUUACUACUAGGGUUCCAAAGUGUCACACCGUGGUGAGGUCUUGGGUUUUUUAUGUUUUGGUCUCGUCACUGCUUUUAUUUUGAAAAGUAACUCUCCUCUCGUUUCAGAUCACCUGCCCCUCCCUGUGUGUGUCACCUGCCUGAGUGUCUCCCCUAAUUACCAAUUGUGUUCACCUGGUGCUCCCUCCCUCAUGUGUUAAAUAGUCUGUGUCUCCCUUGUCCUGUGCCAGUGUGUCGUUUUUCA